ACGCAAGCAAAAAUAUACAUAAGUAAAGAAGAAAGGAAAAAAGAGAGAGAGAGAGAGUAAUUUAAACGCAUCAAAGAACGAAGGAUAAAAGAGGAGAGAAAGCGAGAAAAAAGUCCCCGUUGUCCCCGGAGAUCCGAGAGAGAGAGAGAGAGAGAGUGCGAGGGCAAUCCGUGCAUCAGCUAGUGGGGUGCCGCCAUGACAGCUGAUCGCAUUCUCAUCGUCGUCGGCGCUUGACGUUCUCCUCGUAUUUUCUCGUCUUUUACCUCGUGCGGUUUAGUGCUGCUCCCCUCGAGGAGAUACUCUGGAGACCUUCCGGACGCAGCAGAGCUCGAUCGCACUUCCUCGUUCGGAACAUGACAGUUUGUGAAUGCAGCCACGACAAAUGGCAGACAGCUUCUUCGGCUUUGACACGUCCCACGGUGCUGGACUGGACGACGGGUUAGAUUAUCCAGAUGACGAAGACUUUCAAGAAGAAAAUUACGAUGCCCUGAACGAUGAGACCUUUGGAUCUGAUGCAGGACCUGGAGAUUGGGAGGAAGAUCACGAAAAGUUAGCCCAGAUCACUGAGUCGAAUAGAUCUCGACUCAAGAAUGAUUCAAGCAAGAGUGAAUCGGAAAUAGAUGUGGAAAAGAGCCUUUCACAUCUGGUUCUCGAUGAGAGAGACCUUACUAUUCCAAAGCCAGGUGUUUGGGACAGUCCAACGAAUUUUUCCAUUGCACCAACGCCAAUUUUGCCAAAGCCAUUAUUAUCGGCAACACUCAAAAAUGCUUGCACAGUAGAAGAGCUAGAGAGGGGUCUCAUUUCCAACAGACCACCCCCUGGGCUUACAAAACCACCAAUCUCUCAAUCAUCAAAUACCAAUGCUCAAAAUUUGCUUCUUAAUUCGAUAACAUCAGGAGAUAAGUUACCACCCAUCAAUGGUAUUGGUCCACAUCAAGGAAAUCAGUAUCCUUUGGUACUUCCACCCAAUGUCAGAUUAGGACAUCCACCUUCGUUAUCUCUUCCUAAUGUUGGGCAACUACUCAAUCAAACAGGAAACCUUUUGAGGUAUCAACUUCCACCUCAUUUGUUGAUGCAAGCUGGCAAUCAAAGGCAACCACCCUUACCUGGAAACUUUCCACUAAACAACUUUCCUCAUCAUAACUCAAGACUUGGACCUUUUCCGUUUAUAAGACCAGAUCAUCCUAUGAUGGGCCCUCACAAUAAUCAUCAUCAAUCGAUGCAGCAUCAUAACAUGCACAUGGGAAACCAACGCAAUCAAAAUAACAAAUUUUGCCAUGAUCGCCAAGAUAAUCAUCAUCAGCCAUUCUUCCGCAACAACCAAUAUUAUCAUCAAAAUCACAAUAACAUGAGGUAUCACAAUCAGGGUCACCAUGGGUAUUACCAGAACAUGAACCAUCAUUACCAUCAGAACAAUCCACCUAGUAAUGGUAUAGGUCCGUCUGGAGAACUAGACGAAUAUGCUGGCCUCAUGAAUCACAGAGAAAAGCAGUGGUUGCACAGCAUCCAGCUAUUGCAAUUGAAUACGACUCAGCCAUAUGUUGAUGAUUAUUACUAUACAGUGUUUUGCUACAGGAUGAAUAAGAAAAAUGAAAAUCAUAAUGGCAAUAAAAUUAACAACAAUAGCAGCAUCAAGAAAUGUGAUAACAUGAAAGGUGGACGAAACAGUAACAACAACAACAGUAAUGGCUACAGAGAUUCAAGGGACAGAGAUCAACAGCAACAACCCACGAUACCCAAACCAACCACUCCAAUGCAAUUUGAGAAUUCUUUAGGAAAACUGCAGUACAGCAGCGUUACUGCUCCCAGAAAAAUUAUCGAUAUGGAUGUUGUUCCUAACAGCGAUCCACAUCAAACUCCAACUGUUCAGCAAAAAGAUACGAAAAAAACUCGCCAACUGUUGCUCGAAAUUGAGAGGAUGUACGUGUUGUUGCUGAAACUUGAAGAUAUAGGAAACCCUAUAGCUAUAUUAGCUGAUCAGCAACGUGAACAGCUGCUGAAAGAACAACAGCAACAGGCACAUCAAGAUGGUGCUGAACCAGUUCCUGUACCCGAAAAAAAGGACCCAGUAAAGGAAAAAGAAGAGCUCGUCUCAUCUAUAAUGACCUCUCUUUUGCAAUUUGUGCAAGAAGAUAAAUUGACCAGUCUUUUUAGCAUACGCAAAGGAAAGAUGAUGUUUCUUCGUUUCUUAUCCUGCAUCAAUGUAAAAAAGCAUGAAGAAAAUUUAAACAAGCUGUGGGUUGCUGUCAUCAAAGGCUUAACAUUAAUUGGCCGAAAAGAUUCUCAAUUGUUGUUUAAUUUUUAUGUCGAAUUUAUUAAAUGCAUGAACGAUUCUCUACUGAUGAAUCUGUCCAAAGAACUGAUCGAAUCUACAAAUCAGCCAUCCAAAAGUAAUAACCUUGCUGCUGUCCUUACGAACAAGUUCGGACUAUCGGUAAUAUCAAUGAUACUUAUGUACGCCGAAGACAUAUCCUCGCAUGAAAACGACGUACCCGAAUCGUUUGCUGAGCAGUGGCCGAAAUUUCUGCAAGCCAUCUUCGAUUGCGCGACCUCGACGCCUGUCGUCGCGCCCUGGGACUACCUGAAAGUCGAGAAUCUCAGGAGUCAUCUGAAGCGCCACGGUAUCGAGUCGCAGUCUCAUUUGACGAUAUUUGAGCUGUACUUUACCGAGGCCAAUCCCGUGCGGUAAAAAGCCAGAUGAGUAACUCUGUCGGGUUUUUUCCUCCUCGUUCACGUUGCCAGGAACUUGUAAAAGUGAAACACAGACAUUGCCGUGCAUAGCGUAGGUUAGGUGAUAAUUUUUUUUUUUUUUUGCUCCCUUGAUUAUUCAUUUAAUAACUCACGGCUUGCUCUGCCUUUCUUUUUUGCUUCCAGUCAGUGACACUUAUAAAGGAUAACAAUAUAAUUACUUGAUAAUUCUCAACAAUACUCCAUAAGUUUACGCAGUAAAUUCUUUGGUAUUUACAGAAUUAACAUGGGCCACGCUUAAUUUUAUCACGUUUGUAAAUAAUUGAGCUAUGAUUUUUAUUUUGAGUUAAUUGAAAGUGCUGAGUAAUACAUGUAAUAUAAAUAACAUUAAAUUGUAAGAUAUGCUUACAUCAUUUAUUAAAGUGAAAAAUUUGUCUGGAACUAAAAAAUGUUGAUGCGUUUUGCAAACGUGGUAAAAAAAAUAGCACUUGUUGAAUAGCAUAAAAGUAACGUUUUCAUUAAAAUUAAUGCAGUACAUCUAUGGCUUUUUUCGUACUUUCUUACAAUACGAAACUUUUUGAAGAAGAAGAAAAAAACAUUUCCUUAUUAGUAAAAUAAUUUAUCACAGCUGCAAGCAAACAUGUGAAUGCAAAAAUUUAUUUAUCGCAAACGAACGAUAUUACUGUCACAUAGUAUACUAUUCUUGAAAUAAAACGACCGCAAUGUUUAUUCUAUAUCAGUUUAUGAUAAAAAAAAUAUUUCUAAUUUCAAUAAUCGUGGGUCUGAUUUAUAAAAAAUGUUCAAAGCCUUAAAGAAAGCAGUAGUACGUAAGAAUAUUUUGUAAUUAUAGAUCGAUGCUCAGAAAAUGGGUAAAAGGUAAUGGAUUUGCUGUUUUUGAAAUUAAAAUUGCUUAUCGUAAAUUCGCGUGCUGUAUAUGCAUUUAUCCGAACAAUACGUUCAAACAAAUCUUUUAAGUUUGUUACUAACCCGUGAGUAACCUUCGGUAUGAAUGAGAUUAUGAAAUCUCUCUUGCAAGAAGCUUAUUAAUCGACUUGAACUUGAUGUUUUCACUAUAAUUGUGAUAAUUCGUAUCGUAAAAAUACGGAACGAAGUAGAUUAUACUAUAAUUUCUGGACUUUCAAUAAAAAGUAUACACAUGUUAUUUUUUUUUCUACAUCAUUUUGACUGACAAAAAAAGUAACAUG